GCCGUCGUUCGGAACGAACGCGAAAACGCGCUCCAUAUCAUCUCCACGAAGAAAACAACAACAACAUACGCGUCGUCUACACUACCAUUUACUUUUAUAACUUUGCUUUAAGUUAUAAAUCUUACCGUCUUAUAAUUACGUCGUGCGUGUUUAAAAUUAGCGCAAAAAACUUAAUUAAGUUUUAAUAGUUUAGUCUUAGUUUUAAAGAUUAAGUUUUAUGACUAAAUUGGUUUGCACGAUUAGAACUUUAAAAGGCAACGAAGAUCAAUGACAUUUCAACAUAAUCGAGCCUGUGACUGGUUUAUAGUGCGCAAAGUGAAAGUACAUCGCAAGUGAACCAAAUACACAAAUGUGCAACAUUCGCGUUAUGACUCGAUUUGGACUCUAAAUUAACUCUCUUAUAAACUGUGAGUGAAUUGUGUGUGAAUUGCGAUUCGGUUUCAUUUGUACGCGUAAACGUCGGCGAUGUAUUGGAUAAUUGAGUUGUGAUAAAUUUAAAUGCUGAUGAAAUUGCUGAAAUCGUGGAUGGUGAAAUUCAAAACUUAUUAUUACAACAACACAUGUGACACCCGAGGCGAGACAUAAUAACAGAGCGAUGCGCACUUUUAUUUUUAGACCCUUUGCCAUCAAGGGCCGGGAAUUCAAUAUGAUCUGACCCGCAAUCAAUAAAACGCACGUUGUUUCGUUCGUAGAUUAGUCGGAUAUUAAUUUUUUGUUUCCGUAGAUAAGUAAUUAAAUUGUGUUAUAAAAAAGUGUGAAAAUUAGUAAACAGAUUUGUGUAUUCAUAUAAAUAUAAAUAUUAAUAUCUAAGUGUGUGAUAAAAUGUCUUCGACCAUAUUCGAAGUGCAACAAGAGAUUGCCGCCACCUUAGAGCAGCAGGACCUGCAGGCGGCGGUUGCAGCUGCUGCAGCGGCAAGUGGUAAACAUCGUGAGAUGUUGUUAGCUGGACGAGGGAGGCGUGCGUGUUCCGAGCAGGGGCCGCAUCCCGGCUCACACCUGUGGGGCGGUCGUGGUGGCGGCAAAUCCCGGAAGCGUACCUCUGCACCGCAAAUGGGUGCCAGCAGUGGCGUACGCACAGCUCUUAUUCUACGAUCACGAAGAUCAUGGCCUGUUGCCCCAGUUGCUUCAUCAAGGUAAGUUUCUUCAUUCCAAGAUGUUUGCAGUUGGGAAAUUUAUGUAGAAAUG